CCUUCAUACUGGUCUAUGCAAACGAUGAUAUCACAGUUUGUCCGUAAUUACGACUGUCGCUUGUGCUUGCACGCUCUCCCUCGCGUCCAUUCCCUUCUCGGGAAAGGUCUGCUGCUGUGAGUUGCUGACUGGAUCUGACGCUUGUUCCCAUACAUCGAACUAUAGACACCCGGUUCAAACCACUUGACUGUACACACGGGAAAUAGGAGGAUUUUUGGGUACCGCUUGCCAACAUGAGUUUUCGCGAAAAGGUUCGCAGGGUGUUUCGUCGCUCGUCUAGCGGUUCGAAAUCGAAGGACCAGUCCAAUCCCAUCAAAAUCGAGUAUUACAAGCGCCAUGAGAUUCCACCGUCCAAGUUCAAGGGCCCAUUUGACCGCGAGCAUCAAAAGAGGCUGGCGGCAUGGUCCUUUGGCGACGCCCAGGACGAACGCCCUCGUUCCUCGGAUCUCUCUUUGUCCCCUUGCGCAUCGUUGCCCGACUAUUUGAGGCCUCGUGUCCAGGAGCAUAGUGUGGCUCCUGACGAGAUUCCCUCGAUUGCCCCAGAGCAUUUGUCUGAUGUUUCCGCCACGAUCUCCGACGACGAGCGCCAGGAGAACAAUGGAUCCACCUCCUCGACUGCGUAUGAUCCGGACAGCUACAGCAGCUCCAUGAUGACUCUCUUCGACGAAGUGAUCCGACAGGACUCGAUCGCCCACCUCAAGGAGACCAUCCGGUACACGUCACCCGUGGUCCGGGCCAUCUCCCCACCCCCGCUGUCCCCCAAGGGCAGCUACAUGCCGUUUGCCCCCGAAGAUUUGACCCGUGCUUUGAAUGCCGUGCAAAUCUGUGGGUAA